AAUUAACCAAAUUUAGUCUGAUGUCGUCUCAUUCAAUCCAAUCAUAGUCUAGCUUGAACUCGCUAGAGGUCUCUACGUAAAAACGAAAUUAAUUUUUGGUGCGACAACGACGAGAAACCAGGAUCAGAAUUUAGGAUCAGAAUUUUUGAUGAAGCUGAGUCCUGCGUCCACUAGAAAUAAAGAAGUGAAGCGAAUUUUUUCGCAUUUACCAAAAUAGCGACCAACUGCUAGGGGGAUAUGGGCAUAUAAAACCUUUGCAAAAUCCGCAACUAAAAGGUUGGCAAAAAUCGCCAAAAACAAAUCAUAAAUAAAGCAAACCAUUUGAAAAAAAAAAUAUUUGCAAAAAAGCGUUGACAGUCAAAUUCUACUUCAGAAGAAUUGAAGAAUAGGACUUUCAUUGUUGAUAUAGAAUAGUUGAUAAAUGAAUAGAAUAAUAGUUCUAUAGGUAUAUUAAAUACGAUAAUAAUUCUAUGAUUAACAUAUAAUAGAAUAAUAGUUCUAUGAAUAUAAAAAAUCACUAGCCAAAAUCAUUAAAUCAGCACGCAUAGGACAAAAGUCAUUUAUCUGCAACGUCUGCAAAACAAGAAAUAGAUCAAUAUGCUGGAUUAUCCUCUCAAUUUAAGUGGCGCAAAGCAUUUAAAAGCAAAUAAUAAAGUGCAGACAAUGGAAAAUGAAACGUUUGAGAAUCCUGCCAACCAAAGCAGUUUCGAUUCUUUAACAGAGAGUUUAGACAUCUGUGAAUUUCAUAAUCAUCAAGCACAAAUCAAUGAUUUUACGCCCAGUACUAAAAGAAAUAGAGACAAUCAUAUUAAAUCCAUUGACAUGGAAGAGAAGAAAAAAGAGUUUCAGUCUUUUAAGAAAUUGAAGGCAACAGCUCAACAAAUUAAUGAUGAAGAAGAUUGCUCCGAACAACAAUCGGAAAUUGAUUUACAGCUCAGACAAGUAGAUGAUCCCGAUUUUGAUCAGCUUGCGAUUGGUUAUAAUAAUUCUCUAACCGAGCAUUUCAUUAUCUCGGAGAAGCUGCAGCAGGAAUAUCAAUUGGAUCAUGAUGAAAAUGGGAGCAGCUUUCGGUUGUCAAGCAAUGAGCUCUCCUUCUUGCUGGAAACUCUUCAAAAUAAUUGCGAAUCACUAACGGAACUUAGCAGCUUAGAUGAAUAUGAAAUGGAUAUUCAAAAUACAAUCAAUGAUAGACAUGAAGAUCCAGAUGUAGCGGAGACUUUAAGAAGGACAGUUGAGGAACUAAAUGAGACAAAUAGCAGCUUUAACCUUGUGCCUCUUGAGCAGAAAAAGUCGUCGAUAAAUGUAACCGACCUCCAUGAACUGCACAACUUUAAGAUCGAGCUGGACACAAGUAAAUUAAUGAAAUUCAGUGCAUUGUUUCCGAAGGAGGAGACAGCAUCGUGUUACCUCUAGAGCAACAACACACACCCCACUGUCCAGUGUCCAUCGUCCAUUGUUCAGUUAGCAGUUGCAAUGAAGCAAUAAUCACUGUGACCAGAAACAAUUCAGCUAAAGUUGGAAUGAAUACUAGCAGCGACAGACAGAGAGCAGACAGAGGCAAUCACAGAAAUUGGACGCAUCUAAUUGCCCCAAAGGUUGAGCAAACAGCGGCAGGCAGAAAGCAGGAAAGCAGCAGCAGCAGCAUCACAUCGAUAGCCAAAAAAUAUGAAUGCCACAACAGUCGGAUGUUGUGUUGUGGGUCCAAUUGGAGGAACAGACACAACAGCGACACCGCGGCAUGUCAACACCGCGUUCUGUUCCCUUCCCAUGUGGGGACUCGGUGUGUGUGGUCACUAGCUACUAGAGUGGGAGAAGAACACCAUCGAGUAGAGAGUUCAAUUCCAAUCAACCACAGCGGACACAUCAACAAUUCGUGCGCCGCCAAAAGCUUGUUCUAAUCCAAUCAAAUCUCAAAUGUGGUUGCUCCCCAAUGCGACUGGCAAAUUGUGACAGUGGUGACGAAGCACACUUUUGUGCACACAUUUUAUAUUUUUAAAAUAAAGCAUUUUAUUUCAUAG